AGGCCCGAUAAUAAAAUUGCGCCUCUCUCAGUACGUUUCGAGAAUUUGCAGCGAACAGACACGGAAAAAUGUUGACUAAGCUGCUUAAAAUCUGCUGCAAUUCGCGGCAAUGCACAUUCGCAAAGCCAUUUGAGGCCAUGCCGGGUCCACGAGGUCCCUUUGGACUGGGCAAUCUGUACAAUUAUGUGCCCGGCAUCGGCUCAUAUUCGUGGCUGAAGCUGCACAAAGCCGGUCAGGAUAAGUACGAGAAGUAUGGUGCGAUUGUGCGUGAAACGAUGGUGCCAGGUCAGGAUAUUGUGUGGCUGUACGAUCCCAAGGACAUUGCCACAUUGCUGAACGAACGUGACUGUCCGCAGCGACGCAGUCAUCUGGCUCUCGCUCAAUAUCGCAAACAGCGUCCGCAUCUCUACAAGACUACAGGAUUGUUGCCCACCAAUGGACCCGACUGGUGGCGACUCCGUGCCCAGGUGCAAAAAGAGUUGAGCGCGCCGCGCAGUGUACGCAGCUUUGUGCCCGAAGUGGAUGGUGUCACACAGGAGUUCCUAAAAUUCCUGCGGCACACAGAGGGCAGCGACGCCACCAUCGACAUGCUGCCCAAGCUCACCAGACUCAAUUUGGAAUUAACCUGCCUGCUAACCUUUGGCGCACGCAUUGAAUCCUUCUCGCCGGCGGAGCAACAUGCGAAUUCUCGUUCCACGCGUCUAAUGCAUGCAGCGGAAACAACCAACAGCUGCAUUUUGCCAACAGAUCAGGGACUGCAGCUCUGGCGUUAUGUGGAGACACCCAGCUUUCGCAAGUUGCGCAUCGCUCAAUCGUAUAUGGAAAGUGUUGCGCUAGAGCUCCUGGAACAGUCUAUGGAGGAAGGCACUUCCAGCUCCUCGCUGAUUGCCGCCUACAUUCAGAAUCCACAACUCGAUCGCUUUGAUGUGGUGGGCACAUCGGCGGAUUUGCUGCUUGCUGGCAUCGAUACCACCUCGUAUGCUUCGGCGUUUCUGCUGUAUCAUGUGGCUCGGCAUCCUGAGGUACAGCGGCGCAUCUACGAGGAGGCACUCAAGGUGCUGCCCAAUGCGGAACAAGCUCUUAGCGCCGAUGCACUGCGCACGGACAUCACUUAUACUCGAGCUGUGUUGAAAGAGUCACUACGUUUGAAUCCCAUAUCGAUUGGCUUUGGACGUGUGCUUAACCAGGACACUGUACUGAGUGGCUACUUUGUGCCCAAGGGGACCACCGUGGUGACUCAGAACAUGGUGGCUUGUCGUCAGCCGCAUCACUUUCCCGAGCCGCUGAGUUUUCUGCCCGAUCGCUGGCUGCAGCAACGUAACGCCCUGAAUCCCUACCUGGUGCUGCCCUUCGGACACGGCAUGCGUGCCUGCAUAGCACGUCGUCUUGCCGAACAGAACAUGCACGUAUUGUUGCUGAGGCUGCUGCGCAACUAUGAGCUCAUAUGGCGCGGACAAACGGAUGAAGAGUUGGAUAUUGUGACGCUUCUGAUCAACAAACCGAAUGCUCCUGUGUUGAUCGAAUUGCGAUCGCGAUCCACUUGAUUAGCAAGUCAAUGUUGUAUUUUGUGUACACUUUUAGUUCAUUGUUUAUUUGCGUUAAAAAA